GGGCUGUGGGUAGGAGUCUGCCGGGGUAGAGGGGUGGCAGAGUAGCGAUGCACAGGCUUCCCUUGUCUGUCUUGGCUGCCACAUGGGGCCUUGCUGAGCCUGGAGUGGCCAUUCUGGAUGUAUGGGGGAGGUGUGCUUCCCCUUGAAGGUCCCUGGGCACCUGGACUAGUGGAGGCAGGCUCCUGGCUGGCUCCCUCACCAGGUAGAUAGUUCAGGCUGGCCCACGUGGAUCACUCUGCCCCUUCCCAUGGCUGAGGGCUGCUCCCUCUAAAUAUAGCCCAGUGGGCUGAGCUCAGGCCUAUUUUAGGCCAAGGCUGGAAAGCAGCCAGGCCUUCCCUGGGCUCUCAAAGGAGCUACUGCUGCCUUUGUCCAGUCCUGCUACUGGAUGCCAUCAUCGGCCCCCAACUGCCCACUGCUUGCCAUGCCUGAGGAGACCCAAGAAGACUCCGUGGCGCCAAUGAUGCCCAGCCAGAGGAGCAGGGGGCCAUUGGCCCCCAACUGCGUGCAUGAGGUACGCCUGCACCAGGUGGAGUCCAUCAGCGACCUAAAUAGUGGAGGCACACUGCGCCCCUAUCUAACUGAAGAGGCACGGCCGUGGGAUGAGCUGCUGGGCAUUUUGCCGCCGUCACUGUGUGCCCAGGCUGGCUGCAGCCCUGUGUACAGACGAGGAGGGUUCCUGCUGCUGCUCACGCUGCUGGUGCUCACUUGCCUGGCGCUCGCACUCCUGGCUGUCUACCUGAGCGUGCUGCAGAGUGAAUCCCUGCGCAUCCUGGCACACACGCUCCGCACGCAGGAGGAGACACUACUCAAACUCCGCUUGGCCAGCCUCAGCCAGCUUCGGAGGCUCAACUCCAGUGAGGCCCAAGCACCCAGCUGAGAUGCCAUUUGGAUCUGGGGCCUGGGGGGGUGUGUGUGGGGGGAAUAAAGUGGCUAUGGGCAAGUCUCUCCUUCCCUACUGCUGGCUGCCACAUCUACACUAUUGCCUUGGUGAGAUUUUUGUACAAGAACCUAUUGUUAACUUAAUAGCUGCCUGCCUCUCCUGAUCUCUUCAAGCCAGGCCUAGCCAAGCCUCUGGUGCCAAAGCCUUGCUUUGGGUGGCCCAAGGUCAGGGGAAGGGGCACCAGCCUCCUGGCUCCUCCUGUGGCCUGUCAGCACUCUCUGGCCACCCCAGAUGGCAGGUUCUGAAGUCUAGAAAUAGCUGUCCCCAUAGCAAUCACCCAAACUCUGCCAGGCCUCCCAGUGAGGGUCCAGCCUCAGCUCUCAAAGACAGGCUGGGCUCUGAGUAGGGGGAGAGGCGCCACCUGGGGCAGACUACCUUGGAGGGCAAAGGUGACAUUGUGGAAGACCCAGUUGGGCCCAAGCCUGGGAUAGUAGAUGGGGAGGGAGAACAGAAAAAUACCCAGGGGUUAAGACCACAGAAGGCUGACCGUUCUGUUUAAUUAUCUGUAAUAAUCCUUAAAAAUCAGCACACAAAUUCAUUCCAGGUAGCUUUGCCUCCCCACCUGCUGUGGUGGCAUUUGUCCAGAUGCCACCACCCCCCUAAGAGUGGGUCAUCCUGGGGGAGCAAGGCCUGAGAAAGGAAAGGAAGGGAAAGGCCCCCUAGUGCCUGCCCCACAGCCCUGAGGCAGGCACAUAUUUAGCCUGGCCUGAGACAGGACAGGAAGAGGCCACAGGGCUGGCUGCAGGGACAAAGGGGCCAGGGUCCCAAGUGUCCGGGCCCCCAGCUACCCACCCCAUGUCUGUUUUUGGUUUUGUCAUUAAAAAAAUAAAGUGACAAAUACUGGUGGAGACCAGUUGUUGCACU